AUGGCUACACAAAAGCCCGGUGAAUGGGCGAAUUCCAUAUUGAUACGUUUCGAGGAAACGUUACCAAACAAAAUUGGAUUAAUAGGAUCACAAAGGAUAAAUCAAGAGCAAUUAGUAAAUUGUUUAAUUCAAAUAUCUAGAUAUAGGUUUUCCUUAGUAAUUUCGGGUUUAACAAAAAUGCUACAAAGGGUCAAUGAAUCUGCACUUAUAUAUCGAGGACAUGAACCUGAAAAAUAUUAUUAUGAUUCCAUAAUGAUUAUAUUAACUACUCUAGAAAAAUGUCUUUCAAACCAAUCAAAAGAUACUGCAAGGUUCGAAGAAGCAAUGAAUGUGAAACUAUUACUCCGUGAAAUAUCUCAAUUUAUUGAUAUACCGACCGAUAACAGCACUCAUGCAACACAACUGAAAAAUCUUGCAUCAAAAGUCCUGUUUGCGUUGUCGCAAAAUCAUUUCUCAGCAGUAUUUAAUCGAAUCUCAGCUAGAAUACAAGAAUUAGCUUCUUGCUCGGAGGAAAAUCCUGAUUAUAGUGAUAUUGAACUUAUUCAACACAUUGAUAUGGAUAUGGCUAAAUUGACUAAAUUACUUCAAGAAACUAUUCAGAAAUUCAGAUCAAAAAAAGCCCCACCGUUAAUAUUAUUGAAUUCUCUUGAAAAGGCUAUAUGGAACUGGAUUGAAGUACAUCCUCAAGAGUUUCAAGACUUACAAAGGGGUCUUAACCGUGAUAUAACUACCUGCUGGGAGCCCCUUUUAGAUUUUGUAGAGGCCUAUAAGACCGAAAAUAAGAAAAACAAAACAUAUGUUUGGCCAUUACAAAUGCUGCUAUUAAUUUUAAAUCCUCCUGCUUUAGAAUCAACUGUCAAUGAGCUUCAACAUAUGGACAAAGAAAAAGAUAAGGAGCGUGAUAGAGACAAAGAUAAAACACAGGGAAAAGAUAAAAUGACAACAACCAGAGAUAAAGAUUCGUCAGCAAAACAGUUUAUUGAAACAGUGAAAAAAAGUCUAGGUCCGCAUGCCCCUUCAAAACAAGUAACUGAAUCUGCUGCUAUAGCCUGUGUUAAAUUAUGCAAAGCAUCAACUUAUAUAAAUACGGCUGAUUCAAAUCAUGUUAUAUUUAAAUUAGUUCAAUACAUAAUGAAUGAUUUAAAAGCUUUACUUUUCAAUCCUGCUAAACCGUUUUCCAGAGGUUCGCAAGGCUGCAGUCAAGCAGAUAUUGAUUUAAUGAUUGAUUGUUGGGUAUCUUGCUUUCGUAUUAGUCCGCAUAACGUCGAUACUUUAAAAGUUUGCCUAAAUUUGUCGUCUCCUCCUGUGUAUCAUUUAGUUAUUGUUCAUUCAUUACUAAGAAUUGUACGGCAACAAAGAUUACCAUGGUGGCCUCAAACAGAUGUUGUUCAUUAUAGAUCAUCUGAACUGAGAGCGCUUUUUACUGAUACUUUAAAUAAAGCAACGCAAGGUUAUAUUGCUCACACCCCUUUAAGAAUGAUAACAUCUUUGACCCUAAAAUCAAAAGAUACUCAAAAUAGAUUAGCAAGGCCCGAUGAAGGUCCUGGACAUAAGCAACUUCUUUUGUUAAUGGUGCGACUCAUUCAUGCUGAUCCCACGCUAUUAUUAAAUACUCAAGGAAAAGUAGCUCACGAAGUUCAAAGUUCAACGCUAGAAUUAAUAAAUGGUUUAGUUAGUUUGGUUCAUCAACCAACAAUGCAUGACGUGGCACAAGAAGCGAUGGAGGCAUUGUUGGCCUUACAUGCACCAGAAAAAAUUGAAGUAUGGAAUCCCGAAGCGCCAAUAAACACGUUUUGGGAUGUUAGUUCCCAAGUAUUGUUUUCAAUAUCCCAAAAACUGAUACAACAUCAGAUAGCUAAUUAUACUGAUGUUUUGAAAUGGCUUAGAGAAAUUUUAAUAUGCAGAAAUACAUUUUUACAACGACAUAAAGAUUACGCACAUGUUGGAAGUCAAAUUGCGAUUUGUAAACAAGCACAUAUCAAACUGGAGGUUGUGUUUUUUAUGUAUUUGUGGUCUGUGGAUUUAGAUGCUGUGAUAACCGCUUUAUCUUGUUUUGGAUUGCUUUGCGAAGAAGCUGAGAUCCGAUGUGGGGCUGAUGAAAUGACUGUUGGGUUUGUAAUGCCCAAUUAUCAUAUAUAUCAAGAAUUAUCACAAAUUUCUACAGUAAAUACUGAAUCAAGGUUUGGGUUUUUCGAACAUGCUCAAGGAAGAAUGGCUUUACAGAAACGAAUUAUGUGUUUACUACGAAAUAUUGAACAUUGCGUAAAUGGAGUGCAGCCAGCAUGGGAGGAAACUUUUAGAAAUUGGGAAGCUUCCAGCAAAAUAUUGCAAUCUUAUCCAAAGUGUAAAACAGAAGAUGGACAAGCUGAACUUUUUCAUCGUGGUAUGGGAAAACGGAGGGCUAGUCAUCAGAGCUCCGAACAUGAUCUUGAAGAACAAAUUUUGGAAUGGUCUAAUAUGACGUGGUUUCUAUUAGCAUUAGGUGGUGUUUGUCUUCAAAGGCCGCGGAACACUCGGCAACUACUUCAAAGUCAAAAUAACUCAUCGUUAGGAUCACUUGCACAAAAUUCGUUAUAUUCACUAUCUAGUUCAGCUAGUUCUGGUCGCGGAUCUCUACAUCCAAGCACUAUAUCACUAGUCAGUUCAAUCGGUGCCCCACCUCAAGAAAUCCAAUACUGUCCAGUUACACAAUUUAUUGGACAGCUUUUAAGACUUCUAGUUUGCAGCAAUGAAAAGAUUGGCCUAAAUAUACAAAAACAUGUUAAAGAAUUAAUCGGUGAUGAAAUGUCUUCUCAAUUAUAUCCAAUACUAUUUGAUCAGAUACGAGCUAUAGUGGAAAAAUUUUUCGACCAACAAGGACAAGUUAAUGUGACUGAUAUUAAUACUCAAUUCAUUGAACAUACAAUUUACAUAAUGAAAUCUAUUUUGGACCCAAAUAAGUGCAACGGAAAAGAUCCACUUCCAACAGCUGAACAUCUUGGGAUUACAAGUAUCGAAGGAAUGAUGCUUGGAAUUGUACGAUAUGUUCGUCAUUUAGACAUGACAGUUUAUGCCAUUCGUAUUAAAACAAAAUUGUGUCAGUUGGUUGAAGUUAUGAUGAAAAGAAGAGAUGAUUUAGCUUUCAGACAAGAAAUGAAAUUUAGAAACAAACUUGUUGAAUACUUAACAGAUUGGGUAAUGGGAACCUCGCAUCAGAUAGCUCCGCCAACUGCAGCUGAUGCUACUAUAAUUACCAAUACCUCGCUGAUUUUUCGUGAUUUGGAUCAAGCUUGUAUGGAAGCUGUUGCAGCUUUAUUAAAGGGAUUACCACUACAACCUGAAGAAUCUGACAGAGGAGAUUUAAUGGAUGCAAAAAGUGCUUUGUUUUUGAAGUAUUUCACUUUAUUUAUGAAUCUUUUGAACGAUUGCAUUGACGACUCAUCUGAAGCUGAUGGAAGUGUACCUAGUAGUGCCCCAUUACUACCCCCACGACCGAGAAUGGCUGCAGGGAAGCUAUCAGCUCUUCGGGAUGCCACGAUUCAAGCAAUGUCAAAUCUUUUAGGUGCCAACAUUGAUUCGGGCCUAAUGCAUUCUAUAGAUUUGGGUUACAAUCCCGAUUUACAAACACGUGCUGCGUUUAUGGAAGUUUUACGAAAAAUUUUGCAACAAGGAACUGAAUUUGAUACAUUAGCUGAGACUGUUAUGGCAGAUCGUUACGAACAACUAGUUCAACUCGUAACAAUGAUUAGUGAUAAAGGGGAGCUGCCGAUAGCUAUGGCAUUAGCCAAUGUGGUAACUACAUCACAAAUGGAUGAACUAGCAAGAAUUUUGGUUACACUUUUUGAUUGCAAGCAUUUGUUAUCGCCUUUAUUGUGGAAUAUGUUCUACCGUGAAGUUGAGGUAUCUGACUGUAUGCAAACUUUAUUUCGUGGAAACUCUCUUGGAAGCAAGAUAAUGGCGUUUUGUUUUAAAAUAUAUGGCUCCAAUUAUCUGCAACAGUUGCUUGAACCAUUAAUCAGACCAUUAUUAGAUGAUACAACUACGUGUUUUGAAGUUGAUCCUGCAAGAUUAGAACCUAAUGAUGAUAUUGAACAAAAUCGUAAAAAUUUGAUUGCUUUGACUCAAAGAACCUUUGAUGCGAUUGUUAAUUCUGCUGAUAAAUUUCCACCUCAGUUACGUUCCAUGUGUCACUGUUUAUAUCAAGUUUUGAGUAAACGAUUUCCCAAUUUGUUACAAAAUAAUAUUGGUGCUGUUGGCACUGUGAUAUUUUUAAGGUACAUUAACCCUGCAAUCGUCAGUCCACAGGAACUGGGUAUAGUUGGAAAGCAAGUACCAAGUACUGUUAAACGCGGAUUAAUGUUAAUGUCUAAAAUCCUCCAGAAUAUUGCUAAUCACGUAGAGUUCUCAAAAGAACAACAUAUGCUUUGUUUCAAUGACUUUUUAAAAGCUCAUUUUGAAGUCGGGCGAAGAUUUUUUGUUACUAUAGCUUCCGAUUGUGAAUCAUUAGAUCAGCAGAUGGCGCAAAACAUGAGCUAUGUUUCAGAACCAAAUGUAUUAGCUUUACAUAGAUUGUUGUGGACACAUCAGGAAAAAAUUGGCGACUUUUUGUCAAGUAGUCGUGAUCAUAAAGCAGUUGGUAGAAGGCCUUUUGAUAAAAUGGUAACGCUAUUGGCAUAUGUUGGCCCCCCAGAGCACAAACCCGUGGAUUCCCAUAUAAUGUUUUCUUCAUAUGCUCGGUGGAGCUCUAUAGACAUGUCGUCCACUAACUUCGAAGAGAUAAUGGUCAAACAUCAAAUGCAUGAAAAAGAAGAGUUUAAGACUUUAAAAUCAAUGAAUAUAUUUUACCAAGCUGGCACUAGUAAAGCAGGGUUUCCUGUAUUUUACUACAUUGCCCGGCGCUAUAAGAUCGGUGAGACGAACGGAGAUUUAUUAAUAUAUCAUGUUAUACUUAGUUUAAAAUCAUUUUGCCACUCUCAAUAUGAAAUAGUGAUAGAUUUUACUCAUACUUGUUCUGAUAACCGUUUCAGAACAGAAUUCUUACAAAAGUGGUUUUAUGUUUUACCUGGAGUAGCUUAUGAAAAUGUCCAUGCAGUGUAUAUAUAUAAUUGCAACUCAUGGGUCCGUGAAUAUACCAAAUUCCAUGAUAGAAUUUUAGCCCCGUUAAAGGGAAAUAGAAAACUUGUGUUUUUAGAUUCUCCAAAUAAAUUAAACGAUUUCAUCGAACCGGAGCAACAAAAACUACCAGGGGCUACUCUUUCUUUAGACGAAGAUCUUAAAGUUUUUAAUAAUGCUCUUAAAUUAAGUCAUAAAGAUACAAAAGUUGCCAUUAAGGUUGGACCUACGGCCUUACAAAUUACUUCUGCCGAGAAAACCAAAGUUUUGGCACAUUCUGUUCUACUGAAUGAUAUCUACUACGCAUCUGAAAUUGAAGAAGUUUGCUUAGUUGAUGAUAAUCAAUUCACUCUUUCGAUUUCUAAUGAAAGUGGACAACUUAGCUUCAUACACAACGAUUGUGAUAAUAUUGUACAAGCUAUUAUUCACAUACGAAAUCGAUGGGAACUAAGUCAGCCAGAUUCAGUUACAGUUCAUCAAAAGAUUAGACCAAAAGAUGUACCUGGAACAUUACUCAAUAUGGCUCUUGUAAAUUUAGGUUCCUCUUAUCCGGAUUUAAGAUCAGCAGCUUAUAAUUUACUUUGCGCUUUAACAGCAACUUUUGAUCUGAAAAUUGAAGGGCAACUGUUAGAAACGAAAGGUUUAUGUAUUCCAUCGAAUAAUACUAUUUUUAUUAAAUCGAUUAGUGAAAAAUUAGCUGUAAACGAACCGCAUUUAACGUUGGAAUUUUUAGAAGAGUGCAUUCAAGGAUUUCAAAGGAGUACCAUAGAAUUAAAACAUUUGUGCUUAGAAUAUAUGACACCAUGGUUAAAAAAUCUCGUUAAAUUUUGUAAAUCCAAUGACGAUGCCAAAAAACUGAAAGUGUCGCAAAUAUUAGAGAAAUUAAUUAACCUAACUAUCGAACAAAAAGAAAUGUAUCCUUCAAUUCAAGCGAAAAUUUGGGGUUCGAUUGGUCAAAUUCCAGAUCUUAUUGAUAUGGUAUUAGAUAAUUUCUUGCAUAAAUCAAUUACAUUUGGACUCGGUUCUCCGCAAGUUGAAAUUAUGGCUGACACAGCAGUAGCUCUUGCUUCAGCAAAUGUUCAAAUGGUUUCGAAAAAAGUUAUAACAAGAAUGUGUCGUGUUAUGGACAAAACUUGCACAAACCCAACACAAUAUUUAGAACAACAUAUGAUGUGGGACGAUAUAGCUAUACUUGGAAGAUAUCUGUUGAUGUUGUCUUUCAAUAAUUGUUUGGAUGUAGCGAAUCAUUUACCGUAUCUAUUUCACAUUGUUACAUUAUUAGUUUGUUCGGGUUCGGCUUCUAUGAGAGCUUCAACUCAUGGUUUGGUUAUUAACAUUAUUCAUUCACUAUGUACCUGUACCCAACCAUCAUUCUCGGAGGAAGCUCAAAGAGUUCUCCGUUUAUCAUUGGCAGAAUUUUCAUUUACAAAAUUCAGAUCUCUUUUUGGUAUUAGUAAAGUAAAAUCAGCUGCAGUCACAGCUUUUCGUUCUAGUUGUCGUCAUCCGAACGACAAAUGGUUGGGAAAUGAAAGAGUGUCGCAGCCUUUACCUUCAGAUCGUGAACGAUUGCCAUUAGUGUCUUUAGAGGUUUUAACGGAUGCAUUGCUGGAGGUAAUGGAAGUGUGUAUGCGUGAUUAUCCAAAUUGUGACUGGCUUCAAGUAUGGACUAAUUUAGCAAGGAACUUUGCUUUUUGCUAUAACCCAGCACUUCAGCCAAGAGCAUUAAUUGUAUUUGGCUGCAUCAGCAAAAGCAUAAUAGACGUUGAAGUGAAACAGUUGCUACGUAUUUUAGUUAAAGCUGUAGAAUCUUUUAACGAUAUAAUUUUAAUAGAAGGAAUCGUAAUGUGUUUAACAAGAAUACAACCGCUAUUGCGACCCGAAUCACCAAUUCAUAAAGCUUUGUUUUGGGUUGCAAUCUCAGUUUUGCAAUUAGAUGAAAUUACAUUGUAUGCUGCUGGUUUAGCUUUAUUAGAACAGAAUCUUCAUACAUUAAAUUCUCAACAAAUAUUUGAAAAAGCAAAUUUAUCUGACGUAAUGAUGGCAACAAGAGAACCAUUAGAGUGGCAUUUUAAACAGCUUGAUCAUGCUGUAGGGCUAUCAUUCAAAAGUAAUUUCCAUUUUGCUUUAGUUGGUCAUUUGCUCAAGGGUUUCCGCCAUCCAACUCCAACUACUGUAACACGUACAACUCGUGUAUUAUCAAUGUUGUUGGGGAUUGUUUCAAAACCAUAUAAUCGCGAAAAGUACGAAGUAACACAGGAUAGUGUUGCAUAUUUAACAGCACUUGUUGCAACGUCAGAAGAAGUUAGAUCAAGAUGUCACGUAAAGCAUACUUUACCACGUUGGCCUACCGAAAUUUCAAGUAAUGAAGUUAGUGAUACAACAAAUCCUGCAAAUCCCAGUGUUUCAAUCGGAUUACCAUUAUCAAGAAGACAAAAAUCAUGGGAUAUUCUUGAUCAAUCUGCAAUUUCAUAUGCUAGACAUAAUAAAGUUCAACCACAUCAGGAGCGUGGAUCACGUUCAUCUGUUUCAAAUGAAUCAAAUGUUUUAUUAGAUCCAGAUGUUUUAUCAGAUUUAUCAAUACAAGCUCUGGUAUUAACGGUUUUAGCAACUCUUGUAAAAUAUUCAACAGAUGAAUCAGAAACUCGAGUCUUAUAUCAGUAUUUAGCUGAAGGGAGUGUUGUUUUCCCUAAAGUUUUCCCUGUGAUACAUUCACUUCUUGAUCAAAAAAUAAAUAAUAUACUGUCAAUAUCAAAUGAUCAUCUCGUUUUGAUGGCUGUGCAAAGUAUCGUACAAAAUAUGUUAGCAAGUGAAGAUCCAUCACAACAACAAUUACAUUUCUUACAAAGUUGUGGUUUUGGAGGAUUAUGGCGUUUUGCUGGACCAUUUACAAAGUAUAAUAUGAUGGGAGAAUCUUCAGAAUUAUUUGUAAAUUGUUUAGAAGCAAUGGUGGAAACAUGUUUACCAGGUGACGAAUCAACUCCUGUACCACCAUCACCAAGACCCUAUAAUUUAAGUUCAAGUUUAAGCAGUUUAACACUUGGAUCUCCGACUGACAAAGCGUUUUCAUCGGAAUCAUUAGAUCAUGAUAAUUUUGGCGGAAGCGUUAGCUCCUUACGACGUGCAUCAUGCAGCAAAGCACGACAAGUUAAACAUCGAAUUAAUGAUAGUCCAUCCCAUUGAUUAUUAAUUAAAAAUCGAAAAAAAAUUAAUUUGAAAAGACAAAACAGUAUUUAAAAGAGGCAAACAAAAAACAGAGAAAACAAAAUACAAAAAAAAUUAGAAUUACA